GCAUAUAUUAGGAGCCGCUGCCCAAGGCAUUAGAGCACGUUGGGGUUUUUGUGUGUAUUGGGAGGAAGAGGAGGGAAGUCUGCUGUAAAAAGAAACGGAGCCCAAACUCUUCGAAGCAUUGCAUGCAGUGUGUUGACGGGAAGGCAGGCGGGGAGAACGCGGUUAGACGUUCUGGGGGCAAAUACCGAGAAAGAAGAAACUCUUCGCUUCGGUCGCAGAGGACUUUUGAAUGGAUGCGUGACAUGAGCCAUCCCCUAUGCAAAGAAAUAGCAAACUCCAAACCUUUCAGACACCAAGACGAUGGCAAGUCUCUCUGGCUUGAUCCGAUUCGGGGGGCAACUCGUCUGUUUACUCGUCUGUUUACUGAUGGUUUUCAGCAAUUCUGGAGUGCUGGCCCGGCGGAUCUGCUGGCAAGCAAUCAUGCUGUGCCAGCGAGAGCCCGAUUGCAGCUUCGCUUACGAGCAGUACACUGAGGCUUGCAGGUCAGUGUUAAACCUGGAGACCAGGCGGUGUCCCAGCCACUGCAUGUCGGCUCUCAUCCACCUCAACCAAACGCAGAACGGACCCAUGCUGGAGAACUGCGACUGCGUCCACGACGAGCUGUGCAAAAGCACCAAGCGUGCCAUCGAGCCCUGCUUGCCUAGGACCCGAAACCGGGACGGGGUAAUGGGCUGCACCGAAGCCCGCCUGCAAUGCGAGAUGGAUUCACAGUGCAACAACGCCAUGCGCCGCUACCUCCAGAACUGCGGCAAACUUUUCAACGGCAUCAAAUGCACAGAUCAGUGCCGCGAAGUAAUCGAGAGCAUGCUGGUUAUCCCGAAAGCUUUGCUUCUCAAGGAGUGCAUCUGCGAUGGAUCCGAUCGCCCCAUUUGCGAGGCGAUUAAGGACAACAUGGCCAGACUUUGCUUUUUUGGACCCGAGCAUAGCUCUGGUAGUAGCGGCUCGGACAUGGAGCCGGAUGAAUACUGGGACUAUGAAGAUGAUCCAACAGACAACGUUAUCGGCUAUAAUGAUGAUAAUAAUAGAGGCACGAAAAAGUACGCUUCAAGCGCCAGAGGCUCCUCUACCGUCCAAGUGCCUAAUGUUUUGACUUUGAUGGCAUCCAUUUUAUUACUACUACUACUGAUCGCCCGGUUAUAAUUGAACAAUGCAACUUUUAUAUUCUUAUUCAAUAAAGAAGCGCUGCACUGCCAUCUACAAUAUAAAAAAAAGACAAUUUAUAGACUUUUUAUAUAAAUUUUAAUUCUGGUAAGAUUUGUUUGUAUUUCGUUUGCAUCAGAGAUAUGAAAUUAUUCUCUGGUGCAACUAGUAUAAAUCUUAUAUGACUGGUGUUUUUUAACCAGUAGUUGUGUGCUUGUGUAUAAAGUUACAUUUGGAGAAUAAUUUAUUGCAAUAUAGACUUAACCACAUGGCUUUGAUUUUGCAUCGAGCAGUAAGUGAAUGCAUUGAUUUUACCGGCUAUGGUGCAAAAUUUCAAUACUUUUUACUAAAGGGAAAUUGAUUUAUAUUGAACGAUCGACGUUACCAAUUGAACAAUAUAAGAUGCGACAUAUAGAUUUGAAAAAUCUUUAAAUAUGUAUUUUUGGAAAACGAAAGAUAUAAAAAUUGGCUUUGAUAGAAAUUGUUCUUUUAAAAUAUUUUGUAAGGUUGCCAUUAACGUUGUAUUUUCAUAGAAGCCAUAAAGAGUCAUCUAGUUCAAAACAA